UUUGACAAAUAUCUCCUAUGUUGCCUUGCUGAUGCGGACAUUUGUAAAUGUGUCAUUGUUUCGAACUUGUAUGCAAAAAAUUAGAAGGCCGUUUUUCUCGACAGCCGAAUGAGUGCUGCGUCAUUUUUUUUUUUGAAAUUUCACUUUUUUGUAUAGUAAUAAAUUGAUAAAGUUUUAGUAAAAAUGGGGUCGAGACUUCAAGAAUGUAAAGAUAAUUUAGAAAAAUCUUUAAAUGAUAAUACUAAACCUUGGGCAUCAGUUUUGCAGUGGGCAGAAACUAAAACCGGCGUUAAUCGCUUAUACUUAUUUGUUGGUUUUGUUGCAUUUACUUCACUUUACUUGGUUUUUGGUUUUGGAGCUCAGUUGGUAUGUAAUAUUAUUGGAUUUAUGUAUCCUGCUUACGCUUCAAUGAAAGCUAUUGAAUCUCCUCAAAAAGAUGAUGACACUAAAUGGCUCACAUACUGGGUUUCAUUUGCUGCCUUCUCAAUCAUCGAGUAUUUUGCAGAUAUGCUUGUAUACUGGAUUCCAUUUUACUGGCUCUUGAAGUGUAUAUUCCACGUAUGGGCAUUUAUGCCUAUUGCAGAAUUAAAUGGAUCUCUCAUGAUUUACAGGAAGUUGGUUAGACCAUACUUUUUAAAAUAUCACGCUUCAGUUGACUCCACAUUUAAUACUCUCACUGAUCAAGCUAAAAAUGUGAUUGGAGACGCUCUUAAAAAGAAUGUUAAGUUAAGUUAGGGUUCGCCCAUUUAAAUCUUCUCAAAUAACAUCUAAAAUGUUUGAGUAACACUUCUCAUAAUUUUAAUUGUAAAUUAUAAAAAUCUCUUAAAAUUUUAUUUGUAAUGUGCAUGUUAGAAAUAAAUAGUUUUAUGUAAAGAUGUUACUUG